AUGGAUCCUCGCGUCCUCCUCAAGGCUGCUGGUUUUCUCUUCUUGAUAGUUGUCGGUGUACCAGGGAAUGUAUUCAUCUUGAUUCAAUUUAUUUGCCUGAAGAUCAUAGAAAAGAAGCUUCUCCCAGCUAAUAUCAUGUUGGUGGUUUUGGCUCUGGCAAAUCUCCUUGUCCUCUUUUCUCGGGUUUUACCUCAGUCUUUGGAGGCCCUUGGACUGAGUAAUUUACUUAAUGAUAACGAAUGCAUGCUGAUAAUAUACACUUACAGAGUGAGUAGAGCCAUGUGUAUUGCCAUCACCAGUUUGCUAAGCUGCCACCAAUGCAUACUUAUUGCCCCAAACUCCAAAAUGUGGUCUUUUCUGAAGCAAAAUGUUUCACAAAACAUGUCUAUUAUCAUUUUCUCUGUCUGGCUUAUUAUUCUCAUAAUGUACCCUUACAGCAUGUCUAUAGCACGUGCAAAAGGGAAUUUCACAACUUCUCCAUUCACAUUGCAUGUAGUUUUCUGCAAUAUAGAUUUUUUAAACUAUUUCUCAUAUAUUCUUAAUGGGGCUUUUAUGGCCUCAAGAGAUUUCCUUUUUGUGGGUCUGAUGACAUUGGCAAGUGGCUACAUUGUAUACUUACUGAUAAAUCAUGAGAAGACUGUAAGAGAAAUUAGGAGCUCCAGCAGAAAGAAAGGUAAAUCUGUGGAAUAUAAAGCUUCAAGAGCAGUCAUCUUACUAGUCGCCUUAUACGUGGUGCUUUUUGGCCUAGAUAACUCUAUGUGGAUCUACACUCUGACCAUGUCUAAUGUGAGUCCCGACAUGAAUGAUGUCAGAAUAAUGCUUGCUUGUUCUUAUUCUGCCCUCAGUCCCUUGGUCAUUAUUGCUACCAAUCAAAAACUGCAACAAAGGGUAAAAUUUAGGAACAAAAAUAAAGAAAUCCUAUGGACAUCGCAAAGCAGCUCAAUGAAUAAUUUACCGCCAUAA